AUGAAAGAAAAGUUCAUGAUACGAAUUCCUUAACAAUUACUUGUGAAUGUUUUGGUUGAAAUAAUGAGUUGAUUUAUUAUUGUUAUUCCUAAUUGUAAACCUUAUUGUUAAGAAUUUUCAGGUUAAAAUACAUGUUAAACAUGGAACAGCACAUACUAUUAAAAUAUCGUAAGAUUUUUUUAAGAAGAAUGUUUAAGUAAUCAAUAUUUUGAUAUACCUUUAGAUGUUUCAAUGUAAGCCUGGGUAUCAUGAUUUUUUGAAUUUUUGUCAAGGUAUUCAUUUUAAUUAUAAUUUUAGAUUGUCCAACUGCUGUAGAUAUAUCUUUCAUUUAAUGUUAUAAAUAUUGUAAUAAUAAUUAAAUAUAGCACAAUAUUGCUUGGGAUAUUUAUGAUUUUGGAUUUCAAUUAAUAGCUGGAGUAUGCUAACCUAUUUGUGGAGAUUUAGAAAAAAAAGGACAUGAUAAUAGUACUAAUUUAGAUGAUUUAUGUUAUAACUGUUAAUUUCAAGGCCCAUUUAUUGUUUAAAUCGUGAUUAAACAACUACUUUACCUUGUCCAUAUAUUUGUACAGAUCGACUAAUUAGAGGAAUUGAAGAAUGUGAGGAUGGAAACACUAUUUAAUAUAAUAGAUGCAUUAAUUGUAAAUUUUAAUGUUAACUUUAAUGCACAAAAUGUGUUAAAAUAAGCGUACGAAGCAUAUUAAUUUGAAUUGGAUUCAAAACUACAUUAUCGAUCAUUAUAUGUAUGCACAUUAUUUAUGAUACCAAUAUCAUUAUUUUUUUUAUUUUCAACACAAUUGAUGUCCCUUAUUAAUACGUAUGAUUCAAUUUAACAACAAUUAGUUUUAUAUCAGGAAAGUUUAAUCAAUAUAUGGUUGCAGCGGUAUAUUUAGAUGCUAUUUUUCACUAAGGCACUAAUUAGUGCUUGUGUUUUAUGGCGAAUUUAGCAUCAUUUAUUUAUUAAUUUUCGCUAUGGUAUUUCUAUAGUAUCUACUUCAUUUGUUGGAUAUGAUAUGGGAAGAAAAAUAUAAUAAUGGCCAAAAAAUACACCAAAGCAACUUUUUGAUUGUUAUGAUAUUCUUAGUAAUUAUUCUCUAUUUUUGGAAAUUUUGAUCGAAAAAGUGAGUCAUGAAGAAAUUGUUCUUAAUGAGAUAGAGAAUUUACUGUAUAUUCUAGUGUUUUUCAUUUUGAUAGAUGGUAAAAAAAAUAACAAUUAAUAUUAUAGGAUUGUAAGCAUUUAUUUCUGGUUUGGUCAGAGCAGUUGGUUGA